AGCGGCAGUAGCAACCUGUGGGCCACACGGGGAUUUUCUAGCCAUGGCGAUGAAAUACUUGGGCGCCUAUCUGAUGGCAGUGCUAGGAGGCAAAGAGGAACCAACCGCCAAGGACAUCGAAUCCAUCUUGGAAGCUGGUGGGAUCAGCUAUGAAACAUCGAUGAUUGAGGAAGUGUGCAAGCGAAUGGAGGGCAAGAAGGCCAACGAGCUGAUCUCUGCUGGCUUUGGCAAGUUUGCCGCUUGCGGCGGCGGCGGUGGCGGCGGCGGUGGUGGCGGUGGCGGUGGCGGUGGUGCAGCCGCUGGAGGGGAUGCUGGCGGUGCCGCAAAGGAGGAAAAGAAAGUUGUCGAGGAAGAAGAGGAGGAAGAGAUGGAGUUUGACUUGUUCGGCUGAGUGGCUCCGAUUGGCGCUCGAGGUUGCCAAAAAGGAUGGUUUCACGGUGUGAAGGGGGAAUUG